AUGUCCGGCAAGCAACAAACCCCCUCGAACGCCGUCACCUACCACCGCCCAGGCCACCACCACCACAACCGCUGCGGCUCCGGCUGCGGCUGCUUCACCACCUUUCUCAAGGUCCUCAUCACCAUCAUCAUCGUAAUUGGUCUCGCCGUAUUGAUUUUAUGGCUCAUAUUCCGUCCCAACAAAGUCAAAUUCCACGUCACCGACGCUAAACUCACCCAAUUCAACCUCACCGACAAUCAGCUUCAUUUCAACUUGGCUCUCAACAUCACCGCCAGAAACCCCAACAAGCGAAUCGGAGUGUACUACGACACCAUCGAAGCUGCCGCUGUUUACAAAGACCAACGGCUGCAGACCAAGUGGCUGCCGCCGUUCUACCAAGGCCACAAGACCACCGCCGUCCUCAGCCCCGAAUUCUCCGGCCAGCAGCUCCUCCUCCUUUCCGGCCAGGGGCUGGCACAAUUCAACUCCGAGAAACUCGCCGGCGUUUACGAUAUCGACGUCGAGCUUAAUCUUCGUAUCAGGUUGAAAUUCGGCGCCGUAAGGAUCGGGAAAUUUAAGCCGAAGGUGAAUUGUGAGGUAAAAGUUACGUUGAGUUCCGAUGGAAGCUCAGCUCCGUCGUUGUUUCAGUCCACCGGCUGUGAUAUUGAUUAUUGGUAAUUGG